UGCCAAGUCCUCCAGUAUCCCAGCAGGCCACAAUAACCGGAAAAUACAUCGAGGGUAAAGCGCGGAUUCGGAAAAACAGUUUUGAGAAGGAAGUUAACAUUUUAGUGCUGUUUAACUAUAUGCAUAACGGAUUAAUUACGUUUCAGAUCGCUGUAAAUGUGUAUACGUUACUAAGCGAGUGAGUUUAAAUCGCCGAAUAGUAUGUUGUUUUUAUUUUCUUUCACGUUACCAUGACUUUGUAGCCACAGUCACACUGGCCUGCACGCGGGCGUUCGUACCGUUCAAAGCUUGCUAACAGCUAUCGAACAGUCAGUUAGAUAAAGUUUGACUAACUAGAAACUUGGUUGUUGUUGCUUAAAUAUGUCAGGCUUUAAUUUCGGAUCCGGGGCUAUUGGUUCCACCAACGCUGGCGGAGGGUUUUCGUUUGGAGCCGCUGCCAGUACCCCAGCUGCAGCAGGUACAGGUGGGUUUACUCUGGGUGGAGCUCUGGGUGCUACAGCCCCAGCCUCCACCACCACCACCUCUUCUCUGGGCCUGGGUGCAUCACUAUUCUCACAAAAACCUACUGGGGGGUUCUCCUUUAACACUCCUCCCUCAGGAGCUGCUGCACCCACCCAAGGCCUUACAUUAGGUGCCCCAGCAGCCUCUACAGCCCCUACCACGGGCUUCAGUAUGACCUUCAAUAAACCCUCUGCCUCGGCCCAACCCUUCUCCCUCACUGCAGCCUCCUCGGCCCCCACAGGGGCAGGACUGACACUAGGCUCCGUCCUCACCUCCACUGCGCCACAGCAAGGAGCCACAGGAUUCUCUCUCAACCUAGGGGGUGUGGCCGCAAGUACAGCCCCAUCCACGGGUCUAUCGCUGGGUUCCAGUAUGUUCUCUAACAUGGCUACUACUGGUCUGAGUCAGUCCACUCUUGGAGGACUGGGGUUUGCGUUAGGUUUGGGCCAGACCACUCUCGGAUCAGGGGGGUUGACYUUAGGUUCCCUGGCCUCUACCUCCACGGCGGUGUCAGCGGCCCCCAGCCUUGGACUGGGCGGAGUUGACUUCAGCACCUCCUCAGAGAAGAAAAGCGACAAAUCAUCAGGGGCCAGCCCACAAGACAGUAAAGCUUUGAAAGAUGAAAAUUUGCCUCCAGUCAUCUGUCAGGAUGUAGACAACUUCCAGAAGUUUGUGAAGGAGCAGAAGCAGGUUCACGAGGAGAUCAGCAGGAUGUCAUCUAAAGCCAUGCUGAAGGUUCAGGAUGACAUCAAGAGUCUCAAACAGCUGCUGUCUGUCAGCGCUUCGGGACUACAGAGAAACGCCCUGGCUAUAGACAAACUGAAGAUGGAGACUGCGCAGGAGUUGAAGAAUGCAGACAUAGCUCUGCGGACUCAGAAGACUCCCCCUGGACUCCAACACGACAACACAGCUCCCUAUGAUUAUUUCCGGUGUUUAGUGGAACAGUUUGAGGUCCAGUUGCAGCAGUACAGACAGCAGAUAGAGGAGCUGGAGAAUCACCUCACUACACAGGGCAGUGGAUCACACAUCACACCACAGGAUCUGUCACUGGCCAUGCAGAAGUUGUACCAGACGUUUGUGGCUCUGGCUGCUCAGCUCCAGUCAGUACACGAGAACGUCAAGACCCUGAAGCAGCAGUACCUGGGAUACCGCCGGGCCUUCCUGGAGGACUCCACAGACGUCUUCGAGUCCAAGCGGGUGGCCAGUAAGAAGUGGCAGAGUGCCCCACGCAUCACCACUGGCCCUGCCCCCUUCAGCAGCGUCCCCAAUGCGGCGGCGGUCGCCAUGGCAGCCACGCUGAGCCAGCAGCAGCAGCCCGGCCCAGGGAGCCAGGCGUCCCUGGGGUCUGGUUUGGGAAACCCCUUUGCCUUGGGAGUGGGCUCUAGCUUGGGCACCUCAGGCCUCGGAGUGUUUGGUGGGGGUCCAGGUUUCGGGGGGGUAGCGACGGGGGGCUCCUCAUUUGGUUUCUCCUCRGCCACCAAGCCCUCGGGAGGGAGCCUGAGUGCAGGUUUUGGAAGCAACAGCAGUUCAGGGUUUAACUUCAGUAACCCCGGCCUCAACGCGUCUGCAGGCCUGACGUUUGGCGUGUCCAACCCUCCCGCCACGGGCUUCGGCACUGGAGGUCCACUGCUGCAGCUCAAGAAGCCCCCGGUGGGAAACAAGAGGGGCAAGAGAUAGAGGGGCGAAGGGAAUGGUUAGGAUUUGGGGAGGGUAAGCUGAUCCUAGAUCUGUUACUUCCAGAACUGUCCAAGGUUGUUUAAUGGGUUAAUGGGUCACAGUCCAUGUAUAUGGAUUUGGGAGGGUACGUUUAUUCUAGACCUGUGCCUAAGGGUGACUUCUAGAGCUGUCCAGGGGAGGUCAGGUUGUAACAGUCUGUCCCAGAUCUUUAUUUUUAUACCUGACGGGGGAGCAGAGGGUUUGAGGGAGGGGGGUUAUGCAGGACCAGGGUGGAGGGAAUGAGGAGAGGGAGAACUCGAGCAGAAAAAACUGUUGAAACAGAUCAGCACAUUUGGACAAGGUUCAUAACCUGUGUUUUGUUCUUUUUAAAUGUCCUCAUUAUCGUUUCAUCAUGAUUGCUUAGUUUUUGUCGAGUUUUUAUUUUAUACUCUUUGUAAGUGUUUGUUGUGUGUGCAAGGAUGCAAGGAUGCAUGCAAGGGAGAGAACUGGCCGUGCCGAAUGUUCCACACAGCCCCAAAUUAGAACCUGAAAGGGCACCAGAACAUACCAAACAUGCACAAACACAUARGUACAUUUCCUGUCAAGUGUGAAUUUAUGCAGUGUGUGUGUCAAUAGACCGUGGUGUUGUUUUAGGGCUGGUGGAUGAUGAGCAUAUUACUGUCUGUGCUUUUCCAUUGUCUAUUCUGAUUCUCUCUGUUACCAAAUAGUGAUGUCAUCCUCUUCUAUUCAUCUGAGUUGAUAAGUGUAAACCUGUAUUUUCAAACAUCAGUUUAAUAAUAAAAUUCCUGAUGUUGAUGAUG